UACGCAUACGUCCGCAACUUCAUUAAUCAAACAGACGCGCAAUUAACUCGUCAGACACUGAAAUAGAAGCUCGAUUCAUUUCGUUUUAAAAGUUUCUUAAGACAAUGUAGAGAAAUAAUUACAGAUAGAAAAUAGAAAUCAAUAAAAAGUAACGUUCAUAUUAUAUUCCUGUAUUACUGUUGGUGAAAACCGUUUGGAAAGUGUUGACAAUGGGAUUGUAUGGUUUAUUCUCUGUUGUGACAUGUUGUUGCUGGUGCGUCGCUGUGUCACAUGGGCCGACCCACGGGUCUUCUGAACGGCACGGAGACCUGCGAAGCUCACUGCAGGAUUUAUAUCGGAAUACACUGUGUCGUGGAGAGAAUGGUCAGCCCUGUAACGGACAUGGUCGGUGUCUUAGCGGCAUCUGUGCCUGCAACCCGGGCCGUUACGGACUCAAAUGUGAGGUGAAUGGGGCAGAUUUAGCCGAUCAACAUUCAAUGUUAUCUGGGUUUGAUUUGCCUAGGUUAACAGGUUUCUCUGGGUUUACUGCGCCCACUACAGCCGAAAAUGCAGAGGAGCUUCCCUCUCAACCAAGCGGAGACUUUGGUCUUGGGGAUAAUUUCGGUGAAAAUGUGUUUCCGAAUACUGAACCGUCUUCACAAAAUGAUAAUGUUCGAUCCUCUGACAACAGAAGAGAAAACAAUAUUAACGAAAAUCUUGCGUGUGGCACCUUUAAUGAAAAUCCAUGCAACGGCCGUGGACUCUGUAGGGAUGGAGUUUGUGAAUGCCAAACCGGGUUUUCUGGUUUCACGUGCGAAGUUUCCCAUUCACUUGGGUUCUGCAAUACAUACAGAGAGUGCGCGGAAUGUAAGGCGUUUAUAAUGGCUUGCCCAAACACUUGUUCAAACAUGGCAAAUUUUAAGCUUGUAUAUGAUUUUCCAACGAUGCCGUCGUCUUUUCUUCGAAAAUGCCGGUUCAGGAGCUCCAAGUUUUCCUGCUCCUAUUACUUUAUGCAGGAAACUGAGGAUAUUAUGGGACGCAAAACCAUAAUGGUUCGACCAUGCUACAAUUUCAGAGAAAUAGUGAACAUGACAACACGAACUGAAUCUCCACUGCUUGUGACAGAACCCGCAGAGAUACUGGGACACACAGAGCCGACUCCAAUCGUAAACCUCAGCAUCGCUCCUCUGUCCACUACUGAAAAGACGACAACACCGAAACCUAUAACCAAAACAACGGAAGCAACUACAACUAAGGCAGCACCUCAAACAACUGAUUCCAGCGACGAAGGACGUGACGGCAAAUCAGAUCAAUCGAAGGGUGGACCUGUUGGCGUAGCAUCAUCCAUCUCGCUCAAUUUUGGGUUACAUCUAUUCGGCAGUGUUCUUGUAUUAUUUAUUUUCAACGACUUUUUGUAGAUACCGUCGAUGCUCAACAAUGGACAAGUCGGGAUACAGUGUGUGUGUUUUCCAAGCAUAUAAUUAAGUGUGUUUGUCGGCAAGUGAUUGAAACUUCGGAUUUUUUUUUUAUCACACUGGUCGUACUUCAAUUUUGGUUGUUUCUCGCGAACGGCGAGCUAAUUGUAAUCAUUAGAACACGUUAAUUACCAAGUGACCAGGGUUUACACAUCGGAUAUACAAUUAAUAAAUUAUGGUAUUAUUAAUUAAA